AUUAAAUAAUUCUGAGAAGAAGCAAUUACAAGAUAGUAUUAAAAAAAUAUUGGAAAAUAAUAUAGAAACAAACUUUAAAAAUAAAAUAGAAUGUGAAUUAAAUAAGGUAAAGGAUGGAUAUGUAAACGAAUUUAAGGACGAAUGGAAAAACAAGUUGGAUAAAGAACUUAAUAAAGAUUUAAAAGAUGUUUUAAUAAAAGAAAUUGAUGAAAUAAUAGCAAAAAAACAAAAAGAAAAAGAUAUAAUAGAAGAAAUAAAGAAAAUAUUUGAAACCGAAAAAACAAACAUAAUUAAAAAAAAAGUAAAAGAAAAUAAGGAAAAAAUAUUAAAAAUCGCUGAAAAUAAUUUAAGAGAUUCAAUAGAAACUAAAUUAAAAAAUGAAAUAGAACAAAUAUUGAAAGAAAAAAUAGAUAUAGAAUUAAGCAAAAGAGAAAAUGUAUACAUUAAGGAAAAUAUGAAUAAAUGGGAAUCUGUAUUAGAAAAAUAUUUUGAAGAAAAAAUAAAGAAUGAAUUGAAGGAACAAAUAAAUGAUAUUCUGAUGAAAUAUAACCAAGAAAAAGAAAUAAUAAAUAAAAUAAGGAAUGAACUCGAAAUAGAAAAAAUAAGCAUAGUAAAAAAUAAAUUAGAUGACCAAAAAAGGAGAGAAACAUUAUUAAUUUUAGAAGAAAAAUUAAGAGAUAAAACAGAAAAAAAAAUGAGGAAUAAUAUAAACAGAGAUUUAAUAAAAAAAGAAAUAGAAAAUGGAAUGUUACACCAAUUACAAAAUAUAUUAUUAUUAAAAGUAAAAGAAAAAUUAGACAAAGAGAAACAUGAAUAUAUAAAAGAAAAUUACAGCAAAUGGAAAGAAACGUUAGAUGCUGAAUUUAAAAAGGAAUUAAAAGAUCAUUUGGAGAAAAAAAUAAAUGAAUUAUUAAUUAUUAAAG